AUGGCCCCAAUCGCCAUUUCUCCAGAAGAGGACGUCCACAAGAACGGCAGCGACGCUUCCACCAAGCAUCGAAAUGCCAAGCCACUCAAGAAGAGCGGUGCUCUGGAUGGCACCUUCAAGUUUGAGGACGUUACCCCAGCGAUCGGCAGAGAGUACCCAACGACCAACAUCGUGGAUGACUUGCUGAACAGCUCCGACGCCGACGCGUUGCUUCGGGAUCUCGCUAUCACCAUCUCCGAGCGCGGCGUCGUCUUCUUCCGCAAACAAACAAACCUAACCAACGACCUCCAGAAGCAAUUCAUCCUCCGCUUGGGCGAGCUCUCCGGCCGUCCCAGCACCUCUACUCUGCACAUCCACCCCAUGCUCAACAGCACCAACGAGUUCGGCGUCCCGGACAACGAAAUUAGCACUAUUUCGUCGCUCGCUCGGAAGAAAUUCUUCGUCCCUGACGCGCCACGGGACAACCGCAAGUACGACGCUGCCGCGUGGCACAGCGAUAUCCAAUUCGAGCCCAACCCAGCGGACUACACGAGUCUGCGCCUAACCCAGCUGCCGGCUACGGGCGGCGAUACGCUCUGGGCGUCCGGUUACGACAUCUUCGACCGCUUCAGCAAGCCCUACCAGAAAUUCCUCGAGGGCCUAACCGCGACGUUCGUGGGCGAUGGGUUCCUCAAAGCCGAAGCAUCAGGCAAGGCGAAGCUGUACAAAGAAGCGCGAGGCUCGCCGGCGAAUGUAGGCGGGGAGUUGAGCGCUGUGCAUCCGUUGGUGAGGACGAAUCCGGUGACGGGUUGGAAGAGUUUGUUUGCGAUUGGGAAUUUUCCGAAGUAUAUUAAUGAGUUGAAUGCGGAGGAGAGUGAGGAGUUGUUGAAGAGGUUUAGGGGGUUGGUUGUUGAGAAUCAUGAUUUGCAGGUUAGGUUUAAGUGGCGGGAUGAGAAUGAUAUUGCGAUUUGGGAUAAUCGCAGUGUGUUCCACGCCGCCACGUUCGACUAUGACGGGCUAGGGGAUCGCUUUGGGAAUCGCGUUGUUGGGAUCGGCGAGAGGCCGUACCUUGAUCCGAACAGUAUCACGAAGGCGGAAGCGCUGGGUCACGAACGAAGCGAGGUCAGUGGCACGAACGUGUUGUGA